AUGGCCGGCCGCCGCCCCGUGCUGCUCGCCCUCUGCAUCGCCGCCGCCGGCCUGUGGCUGCUGAGCAGCGUGGCGGCGCCGCAGGGCUUCGCCGCCCCGUCGCCUUCCCUGCGCGCGAGGGGCGGGGCGUUCGCGAACGCGGAGGUCGAGAAGGCCCUGGACCUCCGGCGUCGGGGCGCCGAGGAUUUUGGCGCUUUGAGCGCUGUCGGCCCUCGGGCGGCGCCCUCGUCGCCAUGGCUGGAUCCACCUCCGGAUUCGAGGAGAGGUCCUGGGGCCGAUUUCGAAGCCAGGGUGGCAGUUUGUCGUAACGCAUUGGGCCUCAAGAGGCCAUCGACCUGGGGAGAUGGGGUCGGGAGCCCUGCUGGGCGUCGGAGGUCGGGGCUCGAGAAGGCUGCACCGGCUGUCGUCCUUCGGGCGCUGCCCGAGCCGAAGCCCAACGAGGAGAUGCUCCCGGUCGACCUCAACCGCACCUCCCUCUAUUGGGGCCUGCUCACCAUCUGCAUUCUGUCCGUGCUGUUCUCCAGCUACUUGUUCAACUGA